CGUGCUGGCACUGACCAGGCUGCUGUGUACAUUCGGUGAAACUCUCAACCGUGUGAAAAUCACCAAAACCACAUCAGAAGGAAGCGAUUCACGCAGGGCAGUUGGAAAUGCUGGGUACCCUGAUGACGGUACUGUUCCUUGUGGCCAGGAUGGUUGGGAAGUUUGGGACUGAGAUGUUCCGGGAGGAGCCUGUCCGCUAUCGGGUCUACCAGCCAUUGCCCUGGUACGUGCAGAGUGUCAGACACAAUCGGAAUCACAGAUCCAGCCAGCUCGAGAAGAAGGAUGCAGGAUCCAGGCGAAGAAGUGUUAACUCGUUCAAGAAUAACACAGUGAAAGAUGCCACCACCUAUUCUGGCAGCUCAUUCCAUACACGUGUGCAAAAGAAGUCAAAGAAACAUUUCGAUGGGGAAAUAAACAACAGAAACUGAUGAAGAAACAUAACAGGCAUACCACAUCCUUCAUCAGAGGGAAGGAGCAAUUUCCUAGAAUCUAACUGUGAGAGAGCAGCCGUAACCAUACAGACACAUUACAGGAGGUACCAGCAACGGAAGAAAUGUGGAAGUGACCUAUAAAGGCUGAAAUGUGCCUCGUUGAAGGCUUUGCUGCAAUGUGUAAUGGUUUCAUUUCUCUCCAAGUGUUAGGAGAAUGUUAGUAACUAGCUGGUUAUAUCAUACUAGGCCUCACAUGAAUAAAAUAGCUGCUCAGAGUUA